AUGUCGACGAACACUAAAACACUGUUGAAAGGAUAUUGUAAAUACGUGUAUUAUGCUGGAGCCGGAAAUUUUUGGUUCGAAAAUGUUCAUCAGGAAUCGAUAUAUUACAAAAUUUAUCACUUGGUUUCAUUCAGUAUAUAUUUCACGAUGAUUUUUCUGGAAAACUUGGCAGCUAUUUUCGGCAAUUUUCCAGAGGUGGAGAAAAAAUCAGCGAUUAUGUUUUCGGCUAUACACGAUAUAAUACUCAUAAAAAUGUUUUUCAUGCUCUAUUAUAAAAGAUCUAUAAAAAAGUUAAAUUAUGAAAUGGUAUGUGUAAUGCAGGAUAAAGAAGAAGAAUUUAUUAUGAGAAAACAGAAGAGGAAAGUAGUUUGGGGCAUCUUAUUCUAUGUUCUAACUGUUUAUUUGUCUCUAACUGCUUAUGGAGUGGAAAGUUUAAGAAAAGCGAUUGUUGAAGAAACGCCUUUUUACACAGUCGUUACUUACUUUCCCGGUUACUAUGACGAGUCUGUCAUAGCAAGUGUAUUUCGUGUAUUCUUCUAUAUGACGUGGCUCUACAUGAUGCUACCGAUGAUCUCGGUUGAUUGUAUGCCGAUAAUUCACCUUAUUAUUAUGGCCUAUAAGUUUGUCACUUUAUGCCGGUAUUACCAGAGAAUAAGAAAGAGAUUCGAAUGGAAUCUUACAAUUAUGAGUAAUGAGGAUGCUGCUAAAAUACUUAUGGUAGAAUGCAUAGAGGGGAUUAAGAUACAUCAAAAGCUGAUGUUUCUAGUAGAGGAAAUACAUCGAAUAUUCGGUAUCAUUAUGUCUCUACAAGUCUGCGAAAGUUCAGCGGUGGCAGUUUUGCUUUUGCUCCGCUUAGCCCUUUCUCCUCAUUUAAACUUAACGAAUGCUUUCAUGACUUAUUCAUUUGUGGGCUCUCUGUUUUUCUUAUUAGCAUUGAAUCUCUGGAAUGCGGGUGAAAUUACUUAUCAGGCUUUGCUCUUAUCAAAUUCGAUGUUCUUUUGUGGCUGGCACUUAUGUGAGAUGAAUGGACAGUCGUACAACGAUAUCAGACGCAUUGUUCUCGUUGGAUGUGGACAAGCACAGAAACCUUUGAUACUAAAAGCCUUUGGGAUUCAAGAUCUGUCUUAUACAACUUUUGUAUCAGUAGCGAGAAUGACGUAUUCUAUCUUUGCAGUAUUUUACCAGCGACGAGAAGGAAAAUAA